AUGCGUGACAUCUUUGUUUUUAAGUCUUGUUCAUUUCAGUAUGCCUUUGUAAAAAAGAAGCGUGGGCUCGGCCUGAAGCACGAGCAAAUGCGCAAGCAAAUCGUUCUGUUACGCUCGGCACCAUCAGAACGUCUUGGUCUCGGAAUCGCAAUUGAAAGUGAUGAUGACGAUAACAGGGUGCUAUCAGUACGUGUGGAGCAGGUGGAUCCGUGUUCAAUUGCAUCUCGAAGUGGUUUACAAGUUGGCGAUAGAGUUUGGAGCGUAGCUGGUACGGAUGUUCAUCAGUGUACUCGAAUGCAAUGCUUAGCGCUAUUACAGCAACCUACAAUGACCGUAACACUGGUCAUUACUCGACAAAAUUUAAGUUCAAACUCGCGGGAUAUAGGCAAUCAUCAUGACAGCAUGCACAAUGAAUCUCUCUUGUCCAAAGGUUAUUACUGA